ACUCACCACUCAUUUCAACCAAGCUUCUCUCUAACAAAAUGUUGAAGUUCAUUGCUUUUAGUUUUUCACUUGUGUUUAUCUUCUUGUCCCCAACAACCGUGGGUGCAAACUACAAUGUUGACGAUUUUGGGGCCAAAGGCGAUGGCAAAACUGACUCCACCCAUGCCUUCCUGGACGCAUGGACAGGAGCUUGUGGCUCUGCUUCUCCGGCAACUAUCUUUGUGCCGUCGGGAAGUUACUUACUCAAUCGUGCUGUCUUCACUGGAGAUUGUAAGAACAAUGAUAUUACCAUACAAAUCGAUGGGACACUCGUGGCCCCUUCGGAUUACAGUGUUCUUGCUAGCUCCGACUCCUGGCUUUCCUUUGAAGGCGUUAAUGGAGUUUCAAUCAACGGUGGUACACUUGAUGGCCAAGGUUCUGCCUUGUGGAACUGUAAAUCUUCCGGAAAGAGUUGCCCCUCCGGAGCCAGGUCAUUGACUUUUAUGAAUUCGAAGAACAUCGUGGUCAAUGGACUAUCAUCGAUCGACAGUCAGUUGUACCACAUCGUAAUCGACGGUUCCAAAAACGUCAACGUGCGAGAUGUGAAGAUCGUGGCCUCAGGAAGCAGCCCCAACACCGACGGCAUUCAUGUGCAAUCAUCGACGGUGGUCAGCAUUCUCAACUCCAAYAUUAAAACCGGCGAUGACUGCAUCUCUGUGGGUCCCGGUACAACAAACCUGUGGAUAGAGGAGAUUGAAUGUGGACCUGGACAUGGAAUCAGCAUUGGAAGUCUCGGCAAAGAUGACAACGAAGAAGGAGUUCAAAACGUGACAGUUAGUACCGUUACUUUUACCGGUACUGACAAUGGGCUAAGGAUUAAGUCAUGGGCUAGGCCCAGUAAUGGAUUCGUAAAAGGGGUUCUUUUCCAAGAUGCCACCAUGCAGAAUGUCCAAAAUCCAGUCAUAAUUGACCAAUAUUACUGCCCCCAUGGUGACGAUUGCCCUAAUCAGGCUUCAGGCGUAAAAAUCAGUCAAGUAACAUACAAGAACAUCCAUGGAACAUCGGCAACUCAAGUUGCCGUGAAAUUUGACUGUAGUCCCAAGAAUCCGUGCACUGGGAUCGUAUUAGAAGAUGUGAAUCUGAGUUAUGACAAUUAUGCAGCCGAGUCUUUGUGUACAAAUGCAGAUGGAACAACUUCAGGCUUAAUURAACCAGCAGGCUGUUUGUAGGGAAAUUCAUAAACACACAGACUUAAGAUASAUAGAAAUAGUUGAGUAGUUGUAUGAUUGUAGAACAAGAACAAUUAGGGGAUGGCACAUUUAUAUAUAUAUGAAAGUUUUGGUUUGUUGCCGAUCGAACUCCUGUCCAUCUUUUUUAGAGUCAGUAUAUAUACUGUAAGGAGAUUUCUCCAAAUAGUUAAUGUAAUACAUACAACACUUGUCUUCACUCUUUUGAAGA